AUGACGUCUCCGUCCGCCCCCGCCCCUGCUCGCGACGACGCGUCCGCAAAAGAAAAUACGUCUCCAAAGAAGAGAAUCAAGAUCACGGAAGACAACGGAUGGCGACACGUCCCUCACUUUGGGCUCAAGCCCUACUUCACCCCGGCUGCCCGAACCGAAUACGCCGAGGAGCAGUACUGCGUGAAGGAGUCUGGGUGCACUCAGGUCAAGAAGAAGUCAAGGAUGGGAUUGAAGGCGGGGCUGAAGCUGUUACCUUCGAUGCCGCUCGAUAUCCUCUUCGAGAUCUUUGGCAGGCUUAUGCCAAUCGAUCUUUUGCAUCUUGCACGCACCACCAAACCUUUCAGACGCGUCUUGAUGCACCGCUCAUCCGUCAGCGUAUGGGUGGAGGUUCUUGCGAAUGUCCCGGAUCUCCCACUGUGUCCUGAUGACAUACCCCAGCCAGAGUAUGCAAACCUGGUUUUUGACACUCACUGUCACGGAUGCUUCAAACCCAAUAUCCGCAAUGUGUACUGGCGAUUACGGGUGCGUUACUGCAGUGCCUGUGCUCGAAAGUACCUGGAGCCGCUGGACGAUAGGUUCAGGUUCAAAUAUGGUCCGAAGAUAGCGAGAUGUCUUCCUCACGAGGAGGUCUUGAGCCUCCGAGACCAGUCGUGUUGCCUAAUCGUAGACAGGGAGGCAGUCGUUGCUGCUCUCGAGAAGCUUGGUCCUGAAGAGAGGUCAGAGUAUAGGCGGCAGCAGAAAGAGAGAGCUGAUGCUAGGGGUGCCCACGCCAGCGUGCUAGAGGAGUGGGCUACGAAUCAGAUCAAGAAUCGCGAGAUUGAGCUAGAUAUCUUGCGAGAGCAACGUCGCGAAGCCAUUGCAGCUAAACUCGACCUUCUUGGCUGGAGUGACGAAAUAGUUGCGCUCCCUGAUCGUUUCGAGGCAAAGUUAUGGGAUGUGGUGGUGCUGGACGAUCAUCCACAUGUCAAACAGGCGAAACCUCUGACUGAUCGCAUCUGGGCAAACAUCGAAAGUGACAUGAUCAAGUACAUGGAGAUCAUGAAGCAGUACCGCCUUGGGAAAGAACGUCGUGCUCUCAUACAACGACGACGCACGGCUGCGUUAGAGGCAUAUUGUGAUCAUCAACGCUACAACACGGUCUAUGCCCACCUCUGGCCCGCAGCCGCCGAUUAUCUGCUGUGGGACCGCAUCGAGGCGCUCAUCGAACAGCCUUCCGAUGACGAGCUCCCAGCGGACGUCUUCAAGGAAGCCCUCCGAGACAUCGACGAUUGGAUGCCCCACUGGUGCAACCGCAGGAUCGCCGACGCCAUGGCUUCAUGCGAUACCUACAACAUCGACUACUGGUGCUACGUCGACGAGUCGUCCGAAUGGGCGACCACAGUCUUCAGCUGCAAGAAUCGUAUACACUCCUUACACGACCACGGCGUGUCCGACGCUGUUCCGCCCGCGACGCUCAUGUGGUGGCCCGAGUACAUGCACCAUCACUGUAAUCGCAUGAAGGUCCUUCCGCCAUGGGAGUUUCACAAGCACGAGGGCAUUUCGCUCGGUGAGGGAUAUUACCCGAGGACGGUGCAGAAGCCUUGGUCGGCGGAGCAUCUGCAGCCGGAGGAGAAGGCACGGAAGGUCGUUUUGAAUAUUCUCAGGACGUGUGGGUAUUCUGCGCAGACGACGACGGAGUUUAUGGACGAGAAGGAUCCGAGGCUUGUGUGUUUGAAGUGCAGCUUUGGCGGGCGCUGCGACGGCGAUAGGCAGGUAGUUGCUAGAGGGUGGCGAGAUUCGGUCAACCACUGCAUGACAAAACAUUGGGGUGAUGCGACAGUUCAAUGGGAGAAGAUAUCCGACGAGGAUGCCGAGGUUCUCCGUCGAAGCGAGGUUUGGUUGAAGGAGCAGGAUGAUUUAGCUCCUGUCUGGCGAUGUGCUCUCUGCCACGAUAAGAAAGGCGAACCGCUGAGCACGUCGAAGGAGGCGCUGUUCAAUCAUCUGAGCGAACGCCACAGCAUCAGCAGACUUGACGCAGAAUGGAACAUCAACUAUUUGCGUAACCCUGGUACUCCCCCCGUGCAACCAAAGCCCACCAAGUGUAGGCCGAAGGCUGGAACCACUGGUAGGCUCUAAUUCAGCUGCGUGAGCUAUACCUGUAGCAUACGAUCU